AUGCAUCAUAAUUGCUUCCAGCUUUCUUUCUUUCUUUAUGCAUCUUCUCUCUCUCUCUCUCUCUCUCUCUCUCUCUCUCUCUCUCUCUCUCUCUUCGAUACACCCAAACAACCCGAUCUAUUAUACAAAUUUCUUUUUUUUUGCAGACCAAAUAUACACAUAGCUUACCCAAAGGCUGUUCCUUCUUUAAAACCAUUUCCCUCGUUAGCUGAGAGGUUCAACAGUCGAGAAUCAGACAAAGGCACAGACCGAAAGACACUCUGCUCUGAGAGCAAGACCUUUCAUUCUCUCACUCGUUCUCCCUUCCUAUCACGUUUAUGUUCUCUCUCACUCUGUACGAUUCUAUCACUCUAUCAAUCUCACUUAAUAUCUCUCUCUAUAUAUAUCUCACACACAUAUGCCCUUUUGAAUAUGACUUUUCUAAUAUCUAUCUCUCUGGUUGUUCAUUAUCUAUCUAUCUAUCUAUCUAUCUAUCUAUAUCAAUUUAAAUUUUCUUUGUCUUUCAUUUUUUCUUUUUCAUUCUUUCUUUUUUUUUUUUUUUCUUUUUUCUUUCUUUCUUUCUUUCUAUAUUUUCUUUCUUUCUUUCUAUAUUUUCUUUCUUUCUUUCUAUAUUUUCUUUCUUUCUAG